AUGGGUCAGAGACACCAAGCCUUCGCGAUCGCUCGUGUACGACCUCACGGAAGUCCUCCACAUUCGCCACCCAAGUACCGCUGCAUCGCGGCCUAUCACCACCAGUGGUGCUACGGCCGCCUUCCCCUGCUCGCUACAUACCGCCUUCUCACACUGGUGAGGCAGAAGGAGAACGCAGAGAUUGUGCGCGCCGAGAUCCGCAACAUCGACGGUAAGUAUGGUCACUACCAGGAGCAGCCAGAGAUCAUCAACGUCCCAUGUCCCUUCACCGCUUACCUCCUUGGUGUGAGCUGGGAUGUCGAUCUUACCGUUGCAGAGGAUGCAUAUUCCAGCGGCGUCACGUUCCAUCAUAGUCUGCUGCGCGCCAGCAUGGGUAGCUGGGACGGCGACAAUAAUGACGGGAUCUCUGUCAUCGAUGUGACAGACCCGGGGAAUCCCGCGUAUUGCUUCGCGCUGUCUACUAGCACACCCCUCUCCGGGGAGCAGUAUAUGCGGGCUUAUUAUCCUGUACCAACCCAAUCAGAGGAUCCUGAGUAUAGCAGACAGAUUGAAGAGAUUGUCUUGAAAAUCAUAGCCCUGCUCGAUGGCGAAAAGAUGGUCACGUUGGACAUGCUGGCCGAAGCAUGGCCUGAUGAGUAUCAAAGCGAGGCGAUAGAACGUCCUACUGGCGACAUCACCGACUCCACGAGCACCAGUACAGAGCCGGCAGAGGAGGCACCGAUCCCGUCGCUCGCCGCAUUGACCUUCCCUCAGGCUUUCGACUAUGCUCUCGAGAAGGGCGACACGAUUGAGAACAUACUUUGGCUGCCAGGGAAGCUGGCUGACACAAAGUCCCUACUAAUCGCCAAGUCUCCGUUCCCGGACAAUGCUGUCCAGUUGCUGGUCAAGGUGCUCACCGAGAUGAAGGAGACGACUUCUGUUGAUCUCACCGACUUUGCUCUUUCCUCGGAGCAGGCAGUCCGCGUCGCCUCCCAGCUACCGGGGCUCGAGUCACUUAACCUCUCAUUCAAUGCACAGAUUACGACUGACACAGUGCGCGAAAUUCUCACCGCCGCUCCGGGGCUGAAACGUCUCGUCCUUAUGGGUUGUACAUCCGUCACUCCCGAAGACCUAUAUGACCUCCUGCGCAAGGAGCCGCAGCUGUUCUACAAAUUAGAAGCGCUGAUGCACCCUGCGCUCCUGUGCGCCGCAGAACCGCCGCCAUUCCCCAUCGCGUUCACGUUCAUGACGAACAACGAAACUAUACGAUCCAUGUGCGGGUGCUCCCUCGCGCUCUUCACGCCCGCUGGCGUGGUAGACGCGCUCGCCGAGGUGCUCCGCAGCAUCUGGAGCACCCCGUUUUCCAUCUCCUCCGUGGACGCCGGCCUGUUGUUCGAGGCCGUCCCCACCUCUCGCCCCCGAGCGCCAGAUGUGCCGUGGGGAGCGCGGAGCGUCGUCGCAGUGCCCGCGCUCUCUGUGAACGUGUUUCGUGCGGCGGAGCCCGGCUGGGCGUUUCUCUUCCAGACGAACAUGUUCAAGCAGAAUAAAAACUGGUGCUUUCUGCGUCUCGUUCCGACGGCUCGCAAGUCGGAAGAAGCAGCCCAGGAUCUGCCCUGGGUUGCCGGGGGAUGGGAGAUCCACGACGUCCGCAGCUUCGUGCGCAUCACGACCGCAGAGGGGCGCCCUGCGCCGUCCGAGGACGCCGUGCAGGAACUGGAGGAGCUCCUCCGCCAUACGCCUGAAAGCGGGCCCCAGCUGCACCUCAUGGACCGCGAGGUUUUGAACAGGUUCAUGCAGAGCAGGCCCAUGUUUUAG